UACGAACAGACAAAUAAUAGAAUCAGAAAUCUAUGUUUAUAUUUUAAACAAAAAGACUAUUAUCCAACAUAAGUAAGAGAAAAUUAGAAAAAAUUAUUAAAUUAAAAAAUUACAUUUAUGUCUGAGAAAAAUACUGAAGAAUGGUCAAAAUAUGCAAAAGUGUAUGAUCCAAUAAAAGUAGGAUCUAUAGAUGGAACAGAUGUAGAGCCACAUGACAGAGCUGUGGAAAGAGCUAUUAAUUCAACAUAUGUUCCAAACAGGCAUGUCAAGGGGAAACCAGGAUGUACACUUUUCGUUAGUAGAUUGAAUUACAACAUUACCAAAGAAACUGUCAAGGAAAUAUUUUCACGGUAUGGGAAGUUAAGGCGUUUUAGAUUGGUAAAGGAUGUUGUAACUGGUAUGCCAAAAGGAUAUGCCUUCAUUGAAUAUGAAAAUGAGAGUGCAGCAGAAGAAGCUUAUCAAAAAGCAAACAAAUUAAAUGUAGAAGGAAGUAUUAUAUUCGUUGACUUCGAAUGUGAACGUUUAUUGAAAGGCUGGAAACCAAGAAGGCUCGGUGGAGGUUUUGGCGGCAAAAAAGAAUCUGGUCAGUUAAGAUUUGGAGGCCGCGAUCGACCGUUUAGAAAACCCAUUAGCCUUGAAAUUAAAGAAGAUGAGGAGAGGAGAAAACGAGAACAGAGACGAUUAGCGAUGAGAGACGAUAGGAGUAGAGAUAAAGACCGUUAUUAUAGACGAAAAAGACCGAGAUCACCCAGAAGUAGAAGUUAAAAUUUGAGAAUUCUUAUUUAUGCUUAUGAUAUUUAUAUACUUUUAAUUUAGAUCAAAGUAAAUUGUGUUU